AUGUCCCAGGCACAAUGGUUUCGAGGUCCCAUUUGUGGUGUUGAUAAUUGUCGAUCUCGACUAUUUAAGAAUCAAGAUGGUCUUACAAUAUGUCAAUAUGGACAUGUAAUGGAAGGGGCAAUUGAAUUUAAUGAUGAAGAUUUUGAAAGUGGUGGAACUCAAACUAGAAGAGUUACAAAUGUUACAUUUAAUGAACGAGGACAUGUGAUAAGGAGAGAGAAUAAGGUCAUAAUUAAAGAACUGAAUGAAAGGUUGUUUGGAGAAGAUGCAAAGUCAUACUAUUUAAAGGUUUUACAGAAAUUAUUAAAAGUUGAAAUCAAAUAUUUUGUUGAUUUAUUCAUGUCAGAUUCAGUUUAUUCUGAUUACGAAUUAGUUGUAAAGACAAAUUGGAUACUAUUAACAUCGGGAACAACAUUGUUAGAUAUACUAGAUUUAAUCUUAUUACUAUAUUAUUCAGCAUUACAACUUCAACUUUAUCCUAUUUAUAUGACAGAUAUAAUUGAGUUUUUGAGAAUUGCUAAAAUUCCAUAUAUUAAAACAUUACAUUUAUUACCUAAAUUAGAUGUUGAAAAAUUACCAAGUAGUUUUAUUAAUAGAUUACAACCACCUUCUUUACCUUAUAAAAGUCAAAUGUAUAAAAGAUGGGACAAGUUAACUAAAAUACUACCUAAACUAAACGUGCCAAUCAGUUUUUAUUUCCUUUAUAUUUUUAGAAUAUAUUCAGAGUUGAUUCUACCUAAUACUCCCGAUUUAUUUAUAAAUACAAUUAGAUUAUUGAAUAAAUUGGAUCCAAAAUUUAAAAUCAACAAGGUUAAAUCAACACUACCUGAAAUUUAUUUAUCCUGUAUCAUGAUGUUUAUAAUUGUAUUGAGUUUCAAAAUGAAUGAUAAUGAUUAUUCACUAUAUGGGUAUCUUCAAGAAUUUAAUAAAUACGAAAGUAUGAAAGAUUUCAAUAAUGACGUAUUGAAUUGGGAUAAUGAUAAGAUUAAUAAGUUUAUUGAUUGGGUACUUGAUGUGAUGUUAUCAAAGGAUAAUAAAGAGGAUGUGACAACUAUGGAACGACGAUUACAUAAUAUUUUUCAAUUAGAUAAUGUUGAGCAUAGUCAGAGGGAUGAUAAUGAAUAUAUGAAAGUACUUGAGACAAUACGAAGUAAUGAAAGAAAAGAAAAUACAAAGGAAGAAAUGAGACAAUUGGCAUCCAUGUUGUUUGUUAGAUUUAGUAAAUUGUUAAAUAUAGAUGUGAAAGAUUUGGCUAAAGAGUAUAAAAAAGUUACCAAUGAUAUAAAGAAGGUAGCUAAAGAGUUAGAGAUUAAUGAUAAAUUAUAG